CCAAAUUCCGUUAAUGCCAUGGAAACGGAUUAUUUAGAUUUUCACGAUGGAGGACAAUUUUCAGAAUUUUCUAGCAAUUUUGAUGAGUAUGAUUUUUCUGAUGACGCUCAAAAAUUACGAACGGUUAUCGAUGAUGACUUUGAUUACAGUCAAAGUCAACGAUCACAUGAAAAUUUUUGGGAAAUUGAACAAGAACUUAAUGGAGACAUGGCUGUAUUACCUGCAUCAGGAGUAUCAUCUCAAAUGCCGAAAAUUGAAAAUAUGAAUCAAGAUUUUGUUAAUACUUUUAACGAUUGGAGUGAACACCUUGGCACUCUACAGGAAUACGAAUCUAACAAUGAAUUGAUAACUCUCCAGAAUAAUUUACCGGAAUCUUUGAACAUAAGUUUUUCCGAAAUUUUUAAUGACGACAAUAAUGACAUGUAUUUACCACCGACUGAAAGUACCCCAGAAGACAUUAAAAUAACUCCAAGUCCUAUUAAAACUCUCCCUGAAUUACCAUCCUUAUAUCUGAUAUCUCCAGUUAAGAGUAAAGAAAGUCCAGUUUCAAAAAAAGUCAAGUUAGAACCCGAAGAAAACGAACUAACAGAAGUAAAAGAAAAUUUUGAUGAUUGGGCGGAUAAGGAAGAAGGGGAAGGGUGCAUUGACGUAGAAACAGUAUCUGAAUAUCAACCCGUGUUAGAAGCUCGCGAUGUUAAAAGUUUAUUAGAACAAUUUGAAGCUUCAGAAGCUAAUCUUGAUCUUAUAAAUCCAAAUUCUAGUAAAAAAAAUACCGAAAGUAAACCGUCAUGCGAAAUUAACAAAAUCGUAAAUAAACCUACUAAAGAUAUUGCAAAAUCUAUAGAAUCAACAGAACCACAAGUAUCAGAAAGACAUAAAAACAUCCGCGACUCACUCCCAAAAGAAGUAAUAGACAGGAUAAAUGCUUCAGCACGUAAAAAAGUUAUUUCAGUUAUUCCCGCAUUGUCAACUAACACAAAAAAUAAUUCCCGUAAUAAUAAUCGUGCGACUAAAGCUACUACACGUAGCAAAGGUUCAAAAGCUGUUAACCAAAAUACUGCAUUUGAUAAUGUUGUUCAAAAUGAUCACACUUACUGUACUAGUAGUUCCAACAAUAAUAACCCUAAUUACGCAAAUAAUCAUAAUUCUACUGGACAUUCAUCAAAGCUAGGUAAAGGAAAACAAGGGAAGAAAUCAAUUAAUUCUAAGAUUAAUAAACCUGUUCAACAUCACAAGAAUAAUUUGAUUAAACGGAUAGACAGUUGGACUGAUAGUAGCUCAAAAAAAGACAGUGGGUUAGAAUCGGGAGAUGUUAGCGAUGCUAGUGAAGAACUAGCUACUAAAAGUUCAAAUGAUCAGCAAAAUCAAUUAAUUAAGCGAUCUUCAGCAAACAAUUCAGUACCUGUAAAUAAAAUAAUUAAUGUUAAUAAUAAAAAAAAUCAAGCAAAGCCUGUUUCUGGAAUGAAAAUUCAAUCAGCUUUGGCUACGAGUAUAUUACAAAUGAGAAAUGGUGUUUUAACAAAAACAAAAUCUGUUGAUGAAAAUAUUCUUAAAGGGAAAAUGGUUUCGGUGUUGAAAAAACCACCGGUUAAUAAAUUAAUCGGAUUUAAUGAGAGUAUAAUCACUACGAAAAAUAGUUUGAAUGAUGAUGUGCAAAAUAUUAUUGUCCAAGAUAAUACUUCUAUGAUAUCAUCUUCGUCGUCGUCGUCAUCAACGUCGUCGUUUGUUAAUGAGAAUGAGAAAAAACCACCAAAGCGAAAAUUGAAUUUAGCUGAGUACAGAAGCAGACGUGAUCAAAACAGUGCAGGUAAUAGUAGAACGUGUUCACCUAUUCAACCCAUGACGUUAAUUUACAUUCAUCAUGCAUCUACGACAACUGAUCCUAUUACAACUGAUUCUGAUAAUCCAGUUUGGUCAGAACGUGAAAUAGUUUCGAUGUUAAAACCGAAAAAUCUGGUUGAUGAACCGAGAAUAAAGCCUGCUAUGUGUAACGCAUCUGUACAAACACAUGAAACUGUUUUUGAUAAUCCUAAUAGCUCGGAUGUGAUAGUUGAAAAACCAGAAGUUGAAGCUAGCUUAACAACAACAACAACAACAACAACAACAACAACAACAACAACAACAGAUGUUAAAGUUGUUAAUGAUGAAAAAAUAAGUAUAGUUGAAAAAGAUCAAGCUUUUGGAAGAAAAAGGAAUUACAAGCAGUGUAGAGCUUCUUCAAGCAGUAGAUCACGUUCACGAAGCCGCAGUAGAAGUAGUAACAGUAUUCAAAGUCGUAAUAAGAAAGAGAGGAAGGUUGUCAGUCGGAAAAGAGUCAGUCGGAGUCGAAGUCAUAUAGAAGUUGGAGCUUGUCAAGUCGAAGAAAUAUUAGACGCAGAAAAAUUAGCCAUCGUCGUAGUAGCGUUAGUUCUAAUAGUAGUUGGUCUUCACGGUCAAGAUCUAGAUCAACUUAUAGGUCGAGAUCAUUCUCAAGGUCAUCUCGAUCAAGAUCAAGAUCAAGAUCGUCCAGGUCAAGAUCUAGAUCCAGAUCUCGAUACUCAAGUAGUACACGGUAUUGUAAGUAUAAAUCGGAAAGGAAUAAAAGCUCGGGCCAACGAAAGCGAUCACGGACACGAAGAACGGAUUAUGAUAGACGCAGACGUUACUCGUCGGAACGUAGUAGCGAUUAUUAUAACAACAGAAGGUAAAACAUCACCUAGCUACACGAGGAAUUCUUACAAUAACACAUGGCACAACCAUGAAAAAACGAGACAAGUUGAAGAACGUCGGGUAAUAUACGUUGGUCGUAUUGAUGAAGGAAUCACUAAAGCUGAUUUAAGAAAAAGAUUUGAAGCGUUUGGACCUGUUACAGAUAUUAGUUUACAUUUUCGUGAGCACGGAGAUAACUAUGGGUUUGUUACAUUUGCUAAUAAACAUGAUGCAUAUAAUGCUGUAGAGCAUGGUAAUGAUGAUCCAGCUUUACCAAGAUAUGAUCUGAGUUUCGGAGGACGAAGAGCGUUCUGCAAAGUUAAAUAUGCUGAUUUAGAUGGUGCACCAAAUAGCUCAUAUAGUACUGGCCGAAGUGUAUUAAAUUCCAACAAAGAAGACAAUUCCUUCGAUUUUCUAUUGAAAGAAGCAAAAUUACGUAACCGAAAGGUUUGA